AUGGCCACGACCAUGUUCGCCGAUUUAGCUUCUAGCGACCGUCGCAAGAAAGUUUAUGGCAAAUCGUCGCGUCCGUCCGCCCUCCCGCCACCUCUACCCGAUUCGAACGACGAUGCGCCUCCAUCCCCAGAGCGACCGCGGAAACAUGCCGCAGCCUUGAACGGUUCGUUGAAGAAAACUGGAGGCGCAUUCAACGUCGGGCCUAGUUUGGGAAAUGCGCGCGCAAAGACUGAUGAAGUCGACAUCUUCGACGUACCCUCUGAGGACGAGUUCCUUUCGCGCCCGAAGCCGACCAAGAAAAUAGUAGCGAAGCGUCGCAUACCCGAAGCAGACCUGGAAACCUCAGCUUCCUCCAAAGAUGAGACUCUCCAGAAACCCAAGAAGCUAGGAAGAACCGCACAGCCGGUGCGCAAGCCCGACGUCGCGAAGCCUACUACCGUGAAGAAGAAGCUUCCUACGGCCGCGCAGAUCCCAAAGCCCGUACAGGCACCGCUGCCUUCAUCCUCGGUUCCGGUCGCACCCCGAAAACCACGCGGAAAGACGCCCCAGCCCGUAGAGGCACCGGAACAGACUACACGAGACCACAAUUUAUUACAGAGGCCGGCGGCCAAGGCGAAAGCACUACCAGAGGCGACGACUCUUGCACCGUCACAAGCCAAAGCUAAGAAGAAUGCAAAGACAGCUCCGGUCCUGCCCGCGAAAAGUGCGCCAGGGAAAGCAUCAGCUAAAUCAGGUGACGAUCUGGCCGUGUUUGAUGUGCCAAUGUCAGACGAAGAGGCACCGCCAACGGUCAAGAAGAUCUCACGUCAAGCUCCAUCGAGAGGUCCAAAGGAGCCUGCCAAGAAGUCUAAAAUAACAUCUGAAGACUCUCACAAGGACACUGCGGAGUCGGACGAUUCCAAUGCUGCGAAGAAGCGCAAGCGCCAAGGAUCCGUCUCUUCAACUGCCACUAUAGCCAGACCAGUGGUGCAACAGAAACGUGAGCAGUCGGCCCCUCAGCGGAGCCAGAAGUACCAAAAGAACGAGGAUGGCGCUUCACCGGGACAUGGGUUAUCGAACCAGCCCACCACAGGCUUAACUCAGAAGCUGCAGCCACCGGCGCCGCCAAUCAAUAAACCGACAAGGACAAGACAACAUACUGUGCCUGUACUAGCACCACGAACUAUUACCAAGGGUCGAUCUUCUCCGGCUAUGCUAAGCAGCAUGAUUCCGAGCCGCCAGCCUUCCAGGCCAUCUCCUGUUAAGGAAGUGUUUGAAGUUGCUGAAUUGGAAGAUCAGACUAUGUAUGACAUACCAGAUCCGUUGACUACGCCUGUUCGUAAAUCGAAAGCUUCCAUACCUGGCUCAGUGACACCGCGACAAAAGGACCUCUUCGGUGGCUUGCUAAGUGACUCAUCAUCCUCGACUACGCCAAUGCCCAGCAUUUCCAAUCUACAGCUAACGGAUCGUAAACCGAGAUCGCUUAUCGGCAGUUUAUCAAGAUCAAAGUCUGAUGUCACUCACAGUGCCAAGGCUCGUAAGACUAGACUUAUUGAUACUCUCAAACCCACAGAGACUAGCUCGGAUGACGACGAAGAAGAAGAAGAAGAAGAAGAAGAAGAAGAAGAAGGGAGCAGCGAUGAGGUUGGAGAUGAAUUGGAAGCAAGCUCAAACCCUCCCCGAACUGCAAGAGAGCCUUUACAAGAAUCCGGAAGAGUUCAUCCCCCAAAGGCGCUCUCAGAUGACAUGGAGGUGGAUAAUCAAGCAAAUGUCGACUCACAGACAUCACAAACCACAUCUGGAUUUGGCAUGCGCCCAAAGCUCACUUACGCCAUGGCAAGGUCAUAUCUGAAGGAAGACAAUCCGGAAGAUGACCUACUGAUCUCGAUGGAUUUGGAUGACAACUUCGGGUCUCAUUCCCAGAGGGACGCCAGAUCUGUGUCUGAGGAUGAUCCCGAGCAGAAUAGCCAAGCGCAGGCUCAACAAAUGCAUGAGCUCAAAACCCGGGGACGCAACACGGUCCUCCAGCACGAAGCGGAGAUGAUGAUCGAAGAGACGUCCGUCACCAACAGUAAAAACAUACGGCGUAGUGCAAUGAUUGAUCUAUGCACCAAGAUGGCUGACGAAACGUUUUGCGAUCAGCUUCUGGACUCUGCUCUGGUCCAUCAAUUCUUCCAGAACAUCUCUGUCGGCCGUGAGAUCAUCUUCGAGUUUGUCACUGCCGUCGCCACGGUGUUCGUCCUCCGCACUAACCCUGCCUACUCUGUCCUUGACCAACUGCACGAAACCGGUAGUCUCAACAACCUUGUUAAACUUGUUGCCAACGAUGCGGACAUCAAGGAAAUUGCAAAAGAUCGCAAGACAAAUCUGUCAAAGAUCGCGAAGGAGUCGGUACUCUCAUUUCGCACCUUAGUUCAGCAAUCCUCUAUUUGGUCGCCUGCAGUAAUUGAAAAGGUAUCACCGCAGCUUGUGGCGCUGAAAGCCAUUGAGUUGCUCAUCAUUGGACUGCGGAAGGCUGGCAAUGCAGAUAUGCUUAUCAACCAAACAAUGAUCUCGCAGAUUGUCGAGAUCGCUUCAGUUUCGAACGACCGAUCACACUCGGACAAGGGAGCGUUAGAGGAUGAUACGAUACUGGAAAUGGUACUUUCAAUACUGGAGUCUACAUCAGCUACGAGACAAAUACAAGCCACCUGGUCAACUGGUGUGCUUCAACAGAUUGCGGAGUUCAUGCCUCGGUUCUUUCAGGCUGAUGCUGCAUCAUCGACUAUGCUUGCCGUCAAACUCUGUAUGAACCUGACAAACAACAAGCCAAAGGCUUGCCAGCCAUUCUCAGCGAAGGCUUUUGUCCAGCCACUCGUGCAUUCUAUCGUUGAAAAGUUCCGGUCAAUCAAUACAGGGUUGGCACUGGAAAAGCGAACAGAGGUUUCGGAUAGCCUGAUUUUGAGCCUGGGCGCCGCCAUCAAUCUCGCGGAGCUGAGCGAUCAAAUGAGGCUAAACACUGCCGAUGACAUUGAAACAUUGGUUGAGAUCUUCCUCGAGGGAUUGAAGCGCGCUUCCCAGGCUGCUUCUGUGGAAGAAUCUCGCUCUGGUGUAGCCAUCGGGUAUCUCGGUGUCCUUCUUGGUAAUCUAAGCCUUAACGACAUUAUAAGAACGAAGGUCCGCACGCUGUUACCGAGCAAGCGACUCGAUACGCUAGUGGAUAGCAUCAAAGACUUUGUUCGUGUGCAUCAGCACGUUGACCAGAGGGUAGAAGACUUUGACGGAGUAGAGGGCCAGGAGGCCUUGCAGACCUAUACCACACGUCUCAUGCUUGUUGUGGAAAGGCUGCAGAAUGCGAGCAUUUGA